AUGUAUUCAAAGCAGGAAAUUUCUACAACCGAAACCGAAAGUAAUAAAGUUGAUAUGUGGUCAUCCACAAACUCGCCGUAUGUUAAACAAAUUAAUUCUAAUGUUCAAGCCGUUAGGACGCGUCUACCAAUUAUUUACGAUCCAUAUUUUAAUGAUGUGAUAAAAUCACCGAUCGAAGAAGAAUUUAGAAGCGAAAACUAUCCUUAUAUUUAUGAUGCGGUUACCAGUUAUCAAUAUCCAAUAUACCAUCAAAAUUUUGAACAAUCAGUGGGUCCUACUUCAAAACAUUUCUUAGUUGUCGGCUUUAUUGGAAUGUUACUUCUAUUUGCUAUCAUUCAAAAUACACUUCUUUCAGUUAAACGAAAAGAAAGUUUAUUGGACGUUUCAAGACAAAAACGAGAUCUUAUAGAAUCUAAAGGAUUGAUUCCAAUGUCUCUAGAGCAAGGGGACAUUCUGAACGACGACGCCAAGUUGCGCUGCAUCCAAAGAACUGUUUGCUCCGAAAAUCGGAAGCUCUUUCAAGAUUUGGGAACUACUGGCAGAUUAGUUGCAAAGUAUUUAAUGCGCAGUAUCAAAGAAACUUUGGAUGAAUCUUCAGGAUGGAAUCGUCUUGUAGAAGAUGCUGGAGCAGCAGGCCUUCGCGGUGAAGAUUGUUCUGUACUCUACAGAGGGUGCAAUCUUUCCAAAGAUUACUCCAGUGAAAAAUAA